AUGGCAGGUCCACGAGAUAGGAGUCGUCAUCGCGGGAUGGAGAGACAACAGCAAUAUGAAAUGCAGAACAUAGACACAUCGCAACGCAGCCCGACGGCUGAAGGCUCGGCUGCCCACGGCGAGGAUUCAUACGGUGAUCGUAAUCAUGACCACCCGCAGAAUUCAGGAGCUCAGCGUUUAGGCCGAAGGAUUCUAAGGACGUGCAAAGAACGAUCGGCUGGAGUUCUAAGGAUGUGCAAAGGAGGAUUAGCGAAGCACCGGAUAAUGACGAUCUUAACGGCCUCCGCGAUUUGCAUCUUAUUCAUCGGUGGUCUUUGGGCUUUCGGCGUUCUCAACCGUAGUGCGGACCCUUCUGACUACGGGCUCGAUUGGGACAUUGGACCAGCGAUGGGACACUACCAGUCCACGAGAACAGUCACCCACCCCACGGUGUAUAGAACAGUGACGGUCCACUAUCAACAAUUCUACGGUGCCAGGCCAGUACACCAUCAGGCACCAAUAGCGGUCCCUUCGAAUCUCGAAGCAACGGGGCAGGUAGUACGUCAAGACCUGUCACACCCCAACGUAGUGACAGCAAGAUCCACUGCAGUCUCUGGACUGUACUUCAUACCCAUCUCAGUCACAAAUGGAGGUUGGCCACAGACGCAGCAGGACUCUCAUUCUUCCUCCCGCUCUGCCAACAAUACCGAAGGCUCACGAAUCCUGCAGAGAGACCCUAGCUUGGAGGACUCGGAACCAGAAGCCAAGCCUCUACUAGAGUCUCGCGAAACCGGCGCUUCUCGCAAUCUGGUCGCCGGCCAAGUGCACGCAGACACCAUUUCUUUUACUCGCUGGGGAGUGGAGAUAUUGUACGACUUGCGUCAUCGCAGCAUUCCCUUGGAUAAGGGAUGGUGCAUCAAAAAUGCAUGCAGUCCUCACAAACAGCUCAGUCCUAUGUGCAACACGAACAAGACCAUCUCCGAUCCUUUCCGAAAGCAAGAAUGCGAAUGGUGUUGGCCAGAGAACCAGAGAAAGCACCAGGAGAUCAAUAAUCACUGCUCGGAAGUCUCGAAACGUGCGCUUAACGCUAUGCUCAUCAUCUGUGGCAUAUUUCUCUUUUGCACGCUUCUCAUCGCCAUCGUACUGGCUACACGAAUGUUCCGUCACAGGCGAAGGGCCAAAGCAGACCGCGUUCUCCACAAGCAUGCGGCAAAUGCCUGUCCUCUUCAGGAGAAAAUCAUCAGCAUCCAAAGCCAUUGGGUCUCGCACGGCAUGUCAAAGUUUGGUAGAUCUUCCAAAGCCGCAAAGAUUAGAGUUGAUGACAUCGCGAUUAGAAAGCGCUCGCCGGGUGAGACUGUUGGCCUAACGCCUUGGUACGGACAGGUCUUUGCAAAGUCAGGGGAGCGCUCGAGAAUUAGCCCAGAGAACCCGGCUCCUGAUCGAUCGCGACUCCAGAAGCAAAGAAAGGAGCCCGUCGAUCAAGAUAUCGCCGUUGGAGCUGGGGCUUUGCGGGAAAGAGUCCCAAUCCUUCCUCCAGCUCCCCCUGCUAUUAGCUCUCGGGUGUUCUCUGACAUUGAGAACAUGGGUCAAGGGAGGUUGCUGUCGGACCCGGGGACUAACAACAGCCAACACGAUCCCCAAGGGAUGCCGCGCCGAUCUUCAAGACAGUCUAGGGCCGUCAGCUCAGGCAGCGAGCAGAGUGCUUCCGGGGCAACGCAUCGUCGAGAUGCUGGCGCUGGCCUCUACAAUCUACAGCGCCUCACAGAGCGUAGCUGA